UAACUGAGGAAGGUCUUAAGUGGGGAUGAACGUAAACAAGCUCUUAAGUUGACUUAGAGCUCUCUUUGUUCUCCCUCAAAUGUCUUCCUCAAAAACAAACCUUUUAGUUUUAGAGAGUGCUAUUCAAAUCCCAACAAAGAAAAGAUAAAAUCAACCAAUAAUUUCUUGAAAAUGAUUUCAGGGUCCGCUUCAUGUUUCCCCAGUGCAUCACAAGGUUCGCCAAUGUAUCCCUUGGCUGAAGAAAACAUGGUUCCAUCUUCCCUCGAAGCUGGUUCAGGUUCAGGCCCAGAUCAGUCUCAUUCAACCACUCUCCUCUACAAUCUCUCCAUCCUGAAAGAUAAAGUUCACGAGGCUCAGUCACUUGUUAGCAUCCUUAUAUCUCCUGAUCAAGCUCAUCCGGAGUCAACUUCUUUAGCCGUCUCAAGCAUGGGUUCUUUGGUUCAAGAUAUCAUUGUCACAGCAUCUUCCAUGAUAUUUAUUUGCCAACAGAUGUCUCUUGGAACUGCUUCAGGUAACAAUAUCAACACUGAAUUGCAUCAGCAGUAUGUUAGGGUGAUUCCUGAUAAUCGGAUCUCUCAACCACCCAACUUCAGUGAUAUUUGUGUUGGUAACAUUGUUCAAGAAAAAGGGCAAAGCUUUUAUUCUAGUGCUGAAACGAUUAGCUGGUAUGGCGACACCUGCAAUAAUGGCCGUAACAACACUAAUGGCAAUAAUAGGAAUCGAAGUUUACAAGUUAGUAAUGACGAUAAGCUGGAAAGGAAAGAAUUUGUUGAAUUUCCUCGAAGAAGUGAAAUUAGCGGAGGGUGUGAAGCGGUUCCAGCUAUGAAUUAUGACAUAAUCGAAUUGGAUGCUGAAGACUUAUUAGCUAAGUACACACAUUACUGUCAAGUUUGCGGUAAAGGGUUCAAGCGAGACGCAAAUUUGAGAAUGCACAUGAGAGCUCACGGGGAUGAAUACAAGAGCAGUGCUGCUUUGAUUAACCCCAUGAAGAAUCCUAGGGAGGGAAGUAGUAGCAGUAGUGCCUUGGGAAACUGUUCAACUAAAAUGAAUAAGAAGUAUUCAUGUCCUCAGGAAGGUUGUAGGUGGAACCAGAAACAUGCCAAAUUCCAACCCUUGAAAUCCAUGAUUUGUGUGAAGAAUCAUUACAAGAGGAGCCAUUGUCCCAAGAUGUAUGUUUGCAAACGAUGUAACUGCAAGCAAUUCUCGGUGUUGUCAGAUCUCAGGACUCAUGAAAAGCACUGUGGUGAUCUCAAGUGGCAGUGCUCUUGCGGUACCACUUUUUCAAGGAAAGAUAAGCUUAUGGGUCACGUUGCUUUGUUCGUUGGCCAUACUCCAGCUCUUGCUACUAAUCCUAUGGCGAACCCAGGGUAGCUCCAACACUAAAGCUCCUCUACUAUGCAACUAGAUUAUAGGUAAGAUAGAUCUCUUGCAUAUAAAUAAAUAAAUAAAAUGUGUGCAUGUAUGCAUGUAUGCCAUUUUGUUUAAUUUUCUUGUAACUCCUCUCGGUGUCAACCUUCUAAGCUUUAACUCAAAUUUACGUUUCAUGGAACAGAUUGAUUUCCAUGCAUAGUAUAUAUCACGCAUGUAUACCCGUAUUUUUUUAUCGUAUU